AAAAAUCCCCGUUAUCUGUUUCAAACAUUUAUCAAAAUUCUAUGAUAGGUCGAUAUUCAAACUUUGAUCACACACACAUGCAAAACACAGUUUGGCAAAACAUUAAGCAAAAAGUUGGCUUUUUUUGUUGCUGUUUUUUUUUUUUUUUUUUGCUUUAGAGUUCUAAUUAUUUAGUGAAGGCAUACAAAAUACUUUUUUUUUUUUACAAAAAAGCAAACAACAAGAACAUAAUAUGGGGUAUAUAUGUCCCCUCUUAUUUGCAUUAGCUCUUCAAACAAUCAGUUUAUCUCAAACAUUCUUCAUUUCAACCCCUUGUGAUGACACAUUUGGGAAACCAUGGAAGCCAUCUUGGAUUGCAAACCCCAGGGAUGAUCUACGAUGCAAUCUUAAUAGUCAUUGUAGGAAUGAGUCAACACCAGUAAAAUCAGAGCAAUUUGAUAAUUGCUGUGCCUGCAGUUCAUGUGCAAUCUGGGAAGGCAGUGAAAUUGAGCUAUUUAUAGAAUAUGCAUCAGUGUUAGGAAGAAGCUUGGUAUUGACUGAUCAAGCUUCUAAUAAAUCUGAAGUAUAUGAAAUAAAACAUGUUAAUGGUGAUAUGACAGUAAUUCCGAGCAAUCUUUGCAACUGGGACACAGACAUAAGUUUAACAGCAUUAUAUUCUCAGGAAUUUGAAAGUGUAAAGAAGAUAUGGGGAAAUAUUGUAAAAAUAAACUUUGAAAACAACAAAAUCAGAAAUCUUACAGACCUUUCUUGCCUUGAGAAACUUGAUGAAUUAAAUCUGAACAACAAUAGACUUACAUACAUCUCUAAUACUUCCUUCACAAGCCUUACACAUCUGAGGAAAAUAUAUUUCUCUAGAAAUCUGAUAAAAAAUAUCGAUCCUGGUAUUCUAUCAGCCAAGCCUCUGAACAUAUUUGAAGCUGAUUUCUCACACAACAGAAUGAGUCAAUUAGAUGUAUCAAAUAUGCUAAGCGUUUAUCCCUCUUGUCAAGUUAAUUUCAAAACAAACGAAAUAACUAAACUAGUGAAUGAAGCUAACUUUACAUUAGAAAUGACUAAAAGCUAUGGACCGGGUUUUGUAAGUUUCAUGGGCAAUAAAAUGGACACCUUUCCCGAUUUCAAAACUUUACUUCAUCUGGAUGAUAUUGCCCAAUUGGGAAAACUUAUAAGUUCCGGCUUUGAUUACCAGAACAUUCCUUUAAUCUGUGAUUGUCAUUUAGAACCGUUUAUGUCUCUUGCUAAACCAAUACUUGACACACUGUGGAGAGAUUACAUGACUGUGACAUGUGAUGGACCGCCUGAUUUAAAAGGAAUGAAUGUAAGUCAGGUCGACCCGCAAAGAUUAAUUUGCAAACUUAAAAGUUCUGACUGCCAAACUCCAGAAUGUAACUGUGUAGACGCACCAAAGAACAAUACAUUACAUGUAAACUGUUCAAAUCAUGACCCAAAAAAUGCAUUAAAAACUCUUCCAACAAUUCCAACAUCAAACCUGUCUGACUUCAUUUCUGUGGAUAUUUCUGGCCAUAAAAUUACAAAUAUUACCAACAUCACUCAAUGGGCGAAUAUAUCUAUGCUGAAUGCAUCAGGCAAUGAUAUUCUGGAAAUAAGUAAAGAUGUUGCAAAAGCACUAGAAAAUGCUACUGUUGAUAUUUCAAACAAUAUCCAUUUAACACAUCUGCCUCAGACAUUCCAAUAUUGUAACAUUUGCAAAAUGUACAUGAGCAAUCUCACUAUAAACUGUGACUGUAGUUCACAAUGGAUCGAAACAUGGCUUAAACCACAAAAGUGCAUCAAAAAGGAACAAAUGUUCAACUGUCGACUUCCAAAUGAUGAAAUAAAAUCGGCCUUGAUGUUCAAAUCUGAAGACAUUCAAUGCUCCACAUCUAAUAAAGUUCCUACUGACAUGUUAGCUGGCAUGACCAUUUUCAUCGCUUUUAUCAUAAUAAUCAGCACCUUAAUCUUUACCUUUCGUUACGAGUUGCUAAUUAUUUCUAUACGCCUGAAACAGGCAGAUAGGCGUAAAGUCUUACCACAGUAUCAUUAUGAUGUAUUCUUGUCCUUCAAUGAUGCAGAUGACAAUGUCAGAAAAUGGGUCAAUAGUAUGCUAGAAGACAAUUUACUUGCUGCAGGAUAUAGAGUUUUUCAGGCGGGUCAAGAUGUAACAUUUGGUGCCGAACGAAAUUCUGAAGUGCUCGAGUCAAUCAGUAAAACAUGCAACUUUCUUCUUAUCCUAUCUGACAGUUAUUUAAAUCAGGACAAUGAAGGAAUGAGACCUUGGACAGAAAACGAAUGGAAAUAUGGAUGGCACAACUUUAUGAGGGACAAAUACAAGAAUCUUAUCAUUAUAAACUUUGAUCACAUUUCGUCAUUCGAUGUCAAUCAGCCACAAAUAAAGGCAUUCUUACGAGUUGGCUGCACAAUUGAUUUCAGAAAUCAGGACAGAAAAAUCAUGAAAGAUAUCUGUGAGAAACUUGGAAAGCCAUUUUAUACUCCAAUGAAAGAUACAAGAGGUCUUGAAAACAUGAAUCUUAAACUUCCGAGGAAUACAAUUUUUCCUUCAAUAUCUGAUGGCAAACCAACUCAUCAUUUGGAUCCAAUCAAAGCAACUCCUGAUAACAUUCUUGAUGAUCCUCAAGGGAUUAAAUAUUUUCAAAAUAUACUAGACACUGACAUAGAUAACCAUAAGAAAGGAAGUCAAAAGGUUCAACGGUUCUCACCACAAACAAAAGGGCGCUUUCAGUGUUACCAUGAAGACUUGAGUUUAAAGAAAACACCACAUAUUCCUCUGUUUAACAAAGAUAAAUCUAAAAACAGCUGGAGUCCAUCCAAAGCAUUUAAUCCAGUCAAGAUGAAAAAACUUUCAGAUGUCUAUGAAAGACAAUCAUCUAUUGUGAAAAGUUCUGAAUGUAAACAAAAAAAUACCAAAUAUGAAGAAACAAGUACCAAAUAUGAAGAAACAAGUCCGAAAUCUACUGGGCCAUCAUCAAAUGAAGCCAAGCAUGAAUCAGGACCAUGCGAUCAUCGGGGAGAAAAUGUGACAGAUUUCACAGAAGCAUCUUACAAAGACACUAAAAAUGAUGUAAUUAGUAACUCGAACGAUAAAGAUGUCAUAUCUCAGCUGAACAUUUCCAUGACAACUAGUGAGAGGAGUUUUGUAACCAUGGGUGACUACCACGGAUAUUCUACAAGGAGCUUGGACAUGUCGUCAGUCUCUGACACAAGAAGUACAGAAGUGUCGUCAAACACAUUUACAACAAGUAUUGGCAGUUCAACCGUCUCUUUUAAUUCAAUUACUUCUACUGACAUUAGUAUCACUGAGAUAAGUGAGGCCUAGUUCAUCAACAAUAAUUCACCUAGUACUAUUAUUAUAUUAUUAUACGUUCAAUAACCACAAGAAUUAUAAAAACUUAGCUUCAUUAUUAACCGCUUUGUUAAUAGUCUGUAUUUUUUGUUGAUUUUGUGUGUCUUUGUUUUUUGGGGGUGUUUUUAUGGUUUCUUUUUGUUACAUGUAAUAAACCUCUAUGAGUAAUUAUGUCAUGUCACCUAUUUUUUUAUGUCAUCCUCUAUAUCCAAGGCUAUUUCUCAUACAGAAUGUAUAUAUUAUAUAAAGAUCAUGGGUUUUUAACAAGUGUUAUUGUUUAUGAUUCUAACUUUGUUUCUUUCAAUGAACUCAGCAAGGACUUUUGUAUUCAGUUAACUACAGUGUAACUUCUGAAUUCCGGAACUUCUAAAAUCCGGAAACUUCUGAAAUCCAAACAUUUUUCAGGGUCCCUGUUUUCAAUGUAAUAAAUACCUCUGAAUUCUGGAACUUCUAAAUUCUGAAUUCCGAACAAUUUUCCGGUAAAAUUUAGAUUAUAUCCAUUCAAAUUUACUUCCAAAAUCCGGACAUUGAAAAAGGUGUUAAGGAAAAUUAUGAUUGAGGUUGUAAAACCUACAAAAUGUCAGUAUCUUCCAAUUAGCAGCAAACCAUUUAUCUUGACAUCUAUUACAAUCAAAACUGACAAGGCAACAAUUGAUGUUCAAUGUUAACCUUAUGUUUUUACUUGUUCAGAUACUUCCGAAGUUCUGAAUUCCGGAAAUUUCCAAAUUCUGAACUUUUUGGCAAGUCCCACAGGUGUUCGGUUUUUAGAAGUAUCACUGUACAUACUUUUCUCAUUUACUAUUUGUAACCAUCAUUUAACUUUGUAAAAUGAUCAAUGCCUUUUUAAAUAAAAUCUUGUAUUUUAGAAUCUUGUAAACACACUCCACUGUAUAACAGAAUCUCUAAAGAAACCCCAAAGUGGCAAAAUAGAAAAUGUUGCAGACUUGAUUUGUGAUUGAAACUGUAAAUAGAUGGCAGUGGUAAUUGCAAGUUAUCAUCCAAGCCCCCUACCACCGGCUAUGACUGUAAGAUUUAGGUGCUGUUACAUUUUUAUGGUCCUUGAAUUCAGGGUCAAUAUGAUUCCAAUAUCUUUAGUGUUGAAACUUGAAUAAUGCUUAAGUCGGUUCUUAAGGGGGCCCCGAGAUAUGUUGUAAAUUACAUUACCCUCUCAUAAAACCGAGCCUGCUACUGUCAACUAUAUGCUUUGCUUUCAUGUUUCUCCAGGGGUAUUCACUUUACCAAAUUUUUAUACAUGUAUAUUGUCACCUUAGUGCAAUAACUGAUUAACUACUAUAAAAUUUAGAAGGACUUAUUCCAUUACUGCACUAAGUUGACGUUAUAUACAUGUAUACGAGAUAAGCAACUGUCAGAACAAACAAAUUUACAUUGAUCAUUUUUCUUCAUGUCAUCUGCAAGCAAACAAUUUUAAAUAGGUCUGUCCCAGGGUACAGGGAAAUAUAUUGUGUAAAAGUUAUACACACUAAUUAACAUGUGAAAUAAACCUGUAUUGAUGACACUUUGGAGCAAUUGUUGUAAAAAAUAUUUUUAAUAUUUAAUCA